AUGAUGCACAACGUGGGCAGCAUGAUACUCACGAACGGUGUGCAGAUCACGCAAACGUUUCUUGGCAUGAGUGGCGCACUGUUGGCGAUACAGUUUUGCAGCUUUGCCGAGAAACGGAAGGGAAAAGUCAGCUUCCUUUACGUUCCAUUUGCGAUCCUCUAUCGUUACGUCAGAUUAACACCGGUGUAUGCGUUCGUGAUAUUGCUGCAUGCCACGUGGCUGCUGAAGCUGCAAACUGGCCCACUGUGGCGCUGGGGUGCCGAAACCGAACAAAUAUUCUGCCGCCGGAACUGGUGGACGAACCUACUGUACAUCAACAACUACGUACAUGCUGACGAACCAUGUGUCCAGCAAGGUUGGUACCUUGGUGCCGAGUUUCAAAUAUUCAUCAUCGCACUGAUUGUGCUGGUUACGAUCGUAAAGAUCCCCCGUGCAAAGGUCCCUAUACUGGGAUUGGUGCUAAUUGCGGCCUAUAUCAUUCCCGCGCUCUUCAUCUACUACCAAAAGCUUGAGGGAACGUUCGUUGUCACCUUAGAAGCUCAACGCUAUAUCCUUUGGUACGACAAAUUCUACCUGCACGCAUACAUCCCGACUCACAUCAACUUCGGUAACUACAUCCAGGGCGUGCUGACGGGCGUUAUCUACAACGAGCUGCAGAAGCGGUCGAUUAAUCUGGCCCAAAGUAAAGUAUUUCGCGUCGUGUGGUAUCUUACCUUUGCGAUCAUUCCUCUCUCCAUGCUGCCGUCCUACAUGUUCUACGUGAAUGACUUCCCCACGCCAUCGGUCUGGAUGGCAGCGUACUUUGCCUUGUCGAAGAAUCUGUACGGCAUCGGUGUAGGGAUCGUGAUUCUUGGCUGCAUUUACGGUGUGAACGGUGUGGUGAAGCGCAUGCUUAACUAUCCGUUCUUUGAACCGCUCGGCCGGUUGGCGUACGGUGCGUACCUGGUGCAUCCGUUCGUGAUGCGCUACAUGUUUGUUAGUGUACGGGGUCCGGUUCACUACAGUGACUUACUGACGCUUUCUCUGGUGUUUGGAGCAACGGUUAUGUCCUGCCUGAUGGCAUUGGUGCUUUGUCUGCUCAUUGAGCUCCCCACUACUGCGCUGCAGAAUCAUAUCUUUGGAAGCUUUAAAGAGCAAAAGUCGAACCACGUGGAUCCAGAAACUGUCACCAAUGGUAACAUCAACCCAGGCUUUGAGGGGAAGAAAAGUGAACUAUAA